GGCGGCAGGGGCCCUGCUGACGACGAUAUGGGCACGGGCGGCGGAAUGGGCCGAUCUGGGGCCUCUGGCUACGAUAUGGGCUCGGGCGGCGGAAUGGGCAUGGGCCGGUCCGGGGCCUCUGGCUACGAUAUGGGCUCGGGCGGCGGAAUGGACAUGGGUCGCGCGCGGGCGUCUGACUACGAUAUGGGCACCGGCGGCGGAAUGGGCAUGGGCCGCUCGGGGGCUUCUGGCUACGAUCUGGGCGGUGGCGGCGUGGGCCACGCUGGCGCUGCUGGCCUUGCCGCCGGCACCGGUGCUUAUGGGAGCCGCACUUCGCAGGAAGGGAUGAUGGGAAGCAUGGGAGGAGGCGGUGGCCAGAUGCAGGGGCACAGAGAGGAACAUCAUGGCAUCUCCGGGAUGCUCCACCGCUCCGGAAGCUCCAGCUCUUCGGAAGACGACGGGCAAGGUGGGCGGAGGAAGAAGAAAGGACUGAAGGACAAAAUCAUGGAGAAGCUGCCGGGCGGGCACAGCUCGGAGGAGGCGGAAAGCCAGGCUGCAGGACGCUAUGGGGGAGGGUACGAGGGAGCACAAUAUGAGCCGGAGAAGAAGGGGAUUAUGGAGAAGAUCAAGGAGAAGCUGCCUGGCCACCACAACUAGAGGACUACCGCCGUCCACUUCAGAAAUAACGAGCGGCGGCGGCGUGCGGCUAAUAACAAAGCAUGUGUUCCUUCCGUUCCUGCUGGCUUUCCGUGUCGAUGGUCUCCGUCCGUAUAUUAGGUAAAUAAAGCAUGUGUUCUGCUCCUGCGUACGUCCGUACGUUAGGUGAUGUUUUCCUUUUGGGUCGUUCGUUCAUCGUUGUUGUUGGUGCGAUUUCUUUUUCAGCACAGUAUUAAUAAAGAAGGCUUGCGGUUGGUUCCGUUCUUUGGCCA